GUAAAAACUUUAUCAAAGUAGUCAUCUGUCAACCGCGCGCAACCGCGUAGUGCAGGAGCAAAAUAGUGAUAUUAUUACGCUGAUAAGAAUGUGGCUUUUUAUUUUGUCCGUUUUCGUCUUUGUUUAAAUUCCUCUUCGUGUCUUUCUCGAAGGAUAUAAAAUAGGACGGGAGCAAACUAAAGCUGUAAUUUUGUUGACGCAAGUGCGCACCUUUGUGUUAGGUGCCAGGAUAUAUCGUCAUUUAAAUAUAUAAUAAAGCGUAAGUUGCAAGCGGCUAUCGAACAUCUAGCAAAAGCUAUUUCGUGUUUCUGCUUACUUACAAACAUAACUCUUGAAAUUUGACUAAUUUAUUAAGUAACAAUGUAUACACGAAUAUCUUCGCUUAUUCGUUUCUUAAUGUUACGUACGAAUCUGCAAAUGGCUGAAUUGAUGAAAAAGAGAAAAGUAUGCGUAAUAGGAGCCGGCGCAGCUGGCCUCUGCGCAGCCAGACACUUUGCGCGAAGUUUGAAUUUCGAAUUGAAUGUUUUCGAGCAAACAAAUGAUAUCGGCGGUACAUGGGUUUACAAAGAAGCAAUUGAAGUCGACGAAAAUGGUUUGCCCGUUCAUUCGAGCAUGUAUCGAGACUUAAGAACUAAUUUACCAGCGAAAAUUAUGAAUUUCCCUGAUUACCAGAGAUUGAACGCUGAAGAACCAUGUUGUGUGACACAUCAGGAAGUUCGGACGUAUUUACAGAAUUACGCGGAAUAUUUUGAUUUACUUAAACAUAUUCAGUUUGGAACACGAGUAGAAUCCGUUCGAUUGCAAAUUUCAGCCGAAGGCAAAGAAGAAUGGGCUGUACGAACAAAAGUCGUAAAAACAAAAGAAGAGAAAGAAAGUAUCUUUAACGUUAUAAUGAUUUGUAAUGGACAUUACUUCGAUCCCUACAUACCAAUGGUACCAGGAAUCGAACAAUUUCCGGGUACGAUAUUACACAGUCAUUCAUAUCGAAAGUCAGAAGAUUUUUCUGGUAAAAGGGUUUUAAUCUUGGGAGCAGCUGCUUCCGGAGUCGACAUCGCUCUUGAUUUGGCUAACCACGCAUUUCGAAUAUAUUUAAGCCAUAAUAAUGAAAGAUUAAAUAGCCCCUUACCAUCAAACGUAAUCGAGGUGUCAGGUGUGGAAAAGAUAGAGGAGGGGAAUAUUUUUCUAAAAGAUCAAAAUUCCAUUACAGUGGAUGUAUUUAUGUUUUGUACGGGGUAUCGGUACAGUUUUCCAUUUCUAGACGAAAACUGUGGAAUACGAGUAGAUAAUAACUUCGUGACUCCUUUAUAUAAACAUUUAAUUAAUAUUGACCAUCCUACAAUGUGUAUUGUUGGAGUGCCUACUGUCGUUGUUCCAUUUCCUAUGUUUCAUAUGCAAAUACAAUAUUUUCUUGCAUUAUUAGAGGAAAGAGCAAGCUUACCAACAAGAUCAAUUAUGCUGGAAGACUCGAAGUUAAAAACCUCGAAGAAAAGACAUGCACACAAAUUAAGUGACAAACAAUGGGAUUAUAACAAUGCGUUAGCUGAUGCUGGAGGUUUCGACCGUUUGCCAAAAUUCUAUAAACUCGGAUACGAAGCGUGGUCAGCGCAAAGGAAAGCGAAUCUUUUGAACUAUAAGAGGGCUAGAUUUGUAUUAUCGAAAGAUCAGGAAACUGUUGAGUUAGUCAUACCGAAAGAAAGUGUAUAAAUAUAAAUAACUGUUAAAAACUGUUAAAUAUAAUAAUACAGUUUUAUAAGUUUUUCAUAA